UGAAGGCUGUGUGGAUAGAGAGUAAACCAUGUCUUCUGCUGUGAUUGCCAAGCCUGCGAUGAGAGGCCUGUUGGCCAAACAUCUACGGUUUCACCUGGCUGUGGCUUUUAUUUUAGCUUUUUCCGUAGCUGGUGCUUUCAAGUUCAUAGUGACUGAUUCCAGGAAGAGAGCAUAUGCUGACUUCUAUAAGAAAUAUGAUGCCAUGAAGGCAUUUGAAGCCAUGAGGGAUGCUGGUGUGUUUGAAAGUGUGAAACCAAAGAAGUAAAUUCUUGCA